GAGCGGUGGCAAACCCAGCAACACCAGGCGACAGGUAAAGAUGGAUGCAGAUGGGGAAAAUAAAAAGCUGCGCACACGCUCAAAAGGAACCAAGGUUCAAGUGGACUCUAUAGCUCAAGAGCUCAGUGCCUACAAAUGCUCCAUGGCUAAGAAGAGAAAAGCUGAAGAGCAGCUCUCAGGCGUUCCUGUCAACAAAAGGAAGUCCUUGCUAAUGAAACCCCGUCACUACAGCCCCAGCUUGGAAUGCAAAGAAGAAAAUGAAGACAGGACGGAUUUACAGGAAGAGUUCAGUGUCCUCGAAAGCAGCUCAACUCCAGAGGAAAGUACUCCAAAAUCAUCUGAGGAAAACCCUCAUUCAGGUGGGCAAGAAAAUUCCAGUCAAAGAAAAGAUAAUUACUCCAGCUAUCAAGAUGCCAUGGCCAAAUCUUUGAUGAACAUGGGAAAAUUAUCAAAAGAUGCACCCAGUCAAACAGUGGCAGAAAGUCUAAAUGAUAGCGGCAUUCAAUCCUUGAAAACAGAAAGUGAUGACACUGAUGAAUGUUACAUGAUUAACUCAGCUGAAGGAAAGGAAAAAACUGUUAUUUCUGAGCCAAAAUACUGUUCGUCUGAGGAAAAUGAAAGUAACUCUGAAAUUAUGGACAACGAGUGGGACAGCUCCUCAAAUUUCUCAGAAGAAACCAGUGUAAAGCCCCAUGCAACUCAGAAGUAUAUUGUAGAGUGUAAUCAACCUAGCAUCCUGGAAGUCGCAGAAAUUAAGAAGGAAGAGGUAGAAUUUGGCCCUUGUGAAACACUUUGUGACUCAGAAACAGAGCUAAGAGCCCCCCAGGAGUCUCACCCAGAUCCUUUCGAGAAGAGAAUUCAGAAUCCCUUCCCCGAAAGUGAAGAAGACGACAACGAGUGCCUGUCAGAAACCACAGAAGUGUCAGUUGAGCUGGACAAAACAAAAGGGAACUUGAGUUUGCUGGAACAAGCAAUCGCUCUGCAGGCAGAGCAAGGGCAUGUGUUUCACAGCACCUACAAGGAACUGGAUAGGUUUCUCCUGGAGCAUCUAGCAGGGGAAAGGAGACAAACCAAAGUUAUUGACAUUGGUGGGAGACAGAUAUUUAGCAACAAACAUUCACCCAGGCCUGAAAAGAGAGAAACCAAAUGUCCCAUCCCAGGAUGUGAUGGCACAGGGCACGUGACUGGGCUGUACCCUCACCACCGCAGUCUCUCAGGCUGUCCACAUAAAGUUAGAGUGCCACUAGAAAUUCUUGCCAUGCAUGAAAAUGUUUUAAAGUGCCCCACCCCAGGAUGCACUGGAAGAGGACACGUCAACAGCAAUCGCAACACACACAGAAGCCUUUCUGGUUGUCCAAUUGCUGCAGCUGAAAAGUUGGCGAUGUCCCAGGAAAAGAACCAGCUCGAGUCCCCAAAAGCUGGGCAAUGCCAUGAUCAGACUCACAGGACAAAUUUAGCGAAGCAGCCUGAGGUAGCUCAGUAUAAUUACAGAACGUCACAGCCAGUCACCUCCUCCAGAGCCACCCUGAUGAAAGAACAGGAGAAGUUUGGGAAAGUACCAUUUGAUUAUGCCAGCUUUGAUGCACAAGUCUUUGGCAAACGCACAAUAGCACCUGUGGCACAAGGACGAAAAACACCCCAGUUCCUUGAAUCAAAGCAUUUUUCAAAUCCAGUGAAAUUUUCUAAUCGACUGCCUAGUGCUAGCGCCCACACACAGAGCCCUUGCCAUGCCAACUCUUAUAGCUACGGUCAAUGUAGUGAAGACACCCACAUAGCAGCAGCUGCUGCUAUCCUGAACCUUUCCACCCGCUGCAGGGAAGCAGCAGAGAUCCUCUCCAACAAACCACAGAGUCUGUCUGCCAAGGGAGCGGAGAUAGAAGUGGAUGAAAAUGGCACUCUGGAUCUGAGCAUGAAAAAGAACCGAAGCCAAGACAAAGUUAUGCCUCUCACUUCUUCCAGCACAGCACUUCCCACUCCUUCCUCUUCUCCUUUCAAAACAAGCAGCAUCCUCGUAAACGCAGCCUUCUACCAGGCUCUUUGUGAACAGGAAGGCUGGGAUGCACCAAUCAACUACAGCAAGACCCAUGUCAGGAAAGAAGAAGAAAAAGAGAAAGAUCCAGUGAGCUCUCCAGAAAACAUGGAGGAAAAGAAGUAUCCAGGAGAUGUCUCCAUACCAAGUCCUAAACCCAAGCUCCAUUCAAGAGAUCUCAAAAAGGAACUCAUCACCUGUCCUACUCCCGGAUGUGAUGGCAGCGGUCAUGUAACAGGAAACUAUGCCUCACACCGCAGUGUUUCUGGGUGCCCAUUAGCUGACAAGACAUUAAAGUCCCUUAUGGCUGCUAACUCUCAGGAGCUUAAGUGCCCGACACCUGGCUGCGACGGCUCUGGCCACGUGACGGGGAACUAUGCAUCCCACAGAAGCUUGUCUGGUUGUCCUCGUGCCAGGAAAGGAGGUAUCAAAGUGACUCCUACCAAGGAAGAAAAAGAAGACCCUGAACUUAAAUGUCCAGUGAUAGGCUGUGAUGGCCAAGGUCACAUAUCAGGUAAAUACACUUCUCAUCGCACUGCUUCUGGUUGUCCUUUGGCUGCCAAGAGACAGAAGGAGAGUCCCGUCAAUGGGUCUUCACUAUCCUGGAAACUGAACAAACAAGAGCUGCCACACUGUCCUUUGCCAGGCUGCAACGGGCUGGGUCAUGUUAAUAAUGUUUUUGUCACCCACAGAAGCCUGUCUGGCUGUCCUCUGAAUGCACAAGCCAUAAAAAAGGGCAAAAUUUCGGAAGAAUUAAUGACUAUCAAGCUUAAAGCAAGUGGUGGUAUUGAGAGUGAUGAAGAAAUCAGACACUUGGAUGAGGAAAUAAAAGAACUGAAUGAAUCCAAUCUUAAAAUUGAAGCUGACAUGAUGAAACUUCAAACCCAGAUCACAUCUAUGGAGAGCAAUUUGAAAACAAUAGAAGAAGAGAACAAACUCAUAGAGCAGAACAACGAGAGCCUGUUGAAGGAGUUAGCUGGCUUAAGCCAAGCCCUCAUCUCCAGCCUCGCUGACAUUCAGCUUCCACAGAUGGGGCCAAUCAGUGAGCAGAAUUUCGAAGCAUAUGUAAAUACACUCACAGACAUGUACAGCAAUCUGGAACGGGACUAUUCCCCCGAAUGCAAAGCUCUGCUGGAAAGUAUCAAACAGGCAGUGAAGGGCAUCCAUGUGUAGGAUGUGAAAGCUGCUGGGCAACAGAAAUUACUUAACAGCAGUAAACUCCAGAUGGAUCUGUUAGGAGUUCAUGUACUGCUAAGGGGUGUAGGUUGCCAUGCUGCAUUUACAAUUGCAACAUUGCACUAAUUUUUUCCCAGCUGACAUAAAAAAAAAAAAAAGAAUAAAACACAACAGACUAUUUGUAUUAACAGCAAUGCACUCUGUUAGUAUAUUGUAUUUAUUUCAGUACAAUUCCUUUUUUUUUCUUCUUUUGCACUCAGUUUUUGUAAAGUGAAUGUAAAAAGUGUGUGCGACUAUUUUUUAUAUUUU